AUGCUGCCUACGGAUGGAUGGAGCUGUCUGGUGACAGGAGCAGGAGGAUUUCUGGGUCAGAGGAUUGUCCGUCUAUUGCUGGAGGAAGAAAAAGAACUAGAAGAGAUUCGGGUCCUGGACAAAUUCUUCAGUCCUCAGUUGCUAUUGGAAUUUUCAGAGCUCAAGCACAAGACCAAAGUGACUGUGCUGGAAGGAGAUAUCCUAGAUGAGCAGUUCAUCCAUAAAGCCUGCCAGGGCAUCUCUGCUGUCAUUCACACUGCAUGCAUCAUUGACACAGGAAUAUGCAACAGGAAAGAGGUCGUCAUGAAAGUCAAUCUGAAAGGUACUCAACUCCUCUUAGAAGCCUGCACCUUGGCUAACGUGCCUGUGUUCCUCCAUACCAGCACUCUGGAAGUAGCCGGCCCCAACUCACUUGUGAAGCACAUACGAAAUGGGCAUGAGGGUGAACCUCUUGAAAGCAAAUGGACCAAUGCAUAUCCCUACAGCAAGAAGCUGGCUGAGAAGACUGUACUGGCAGCUAAUGGGCAACUUCUUAAGAAUGGUGCCACCAUGCACACCUGUGCCUUGAGACCCAUGUAUAUAUAUGGGGAAGGGAGCCAAUUGCUCCAAAAUCAAAUAAUCAGAGCCCUGAAUAAUGAUAAGACCUUUAUAAGAAAUAGGGAGGGUGCCCAGGCCAACCCGGUCUAUGUUGGAAAUGUUGCUUGGGCACAUGUCCUGGCACUCAGAGCCCUGCGAGACUCCGAGAAGGCCCAAAGCAUUGGGGGUCAGUUCUAUUACAUUGCUGAUGAUACACCCCACCAGAGCUAUUCUGAAUUUAACUAUGAAAUGACCAAAGAAUGGGGCUUCAAACUUGGGUCAAAAGUAGGCAUUCCUUUAACAGUCCUAAUUUGGGCAGCCUUCCUGUUAGAGAUGAUAAGCUUCAUGCUAUGCCCCAUUUUCAUAUAUGAACCUCCCUUUAACCGUCAUCUGCUAACAUUGACCAACAGUAUUUUUACCUUCUCCUACAAGAAGGCGCAGAAAGAUUUGGGUUAUAAGCCUCGCUUCAGCUGGCUAGAAGCCAAGCAAAAAACCAGUCAGUGGGUAGGCACACUGAUGGCACAAAACAAAGAGUACCAGAAGACAAAGACCCCCUGAUCUGGACAUUAUUGGAACAUGGAGGCAGAGAUUCAUGAAAUCACUGCUUUAGGUUCUCCCUUUAGAGGGACAUGUUGUCCACCACCCCCCUUGGUUAAAAAACUUCUAGACAUUACUGUGGAAUCCCUUUCUUUCUCCUUACCAAUGAAACCCCUAAAAGACAUGAUGAAAAAUGGAAAGGAAAUUAAAUAAAAAUUUAUUCAUUCAUUCACUUUAAGGAUUGAUUUCAAAGUCAUGUGUCUUUGCUUCAAAAAGGAUAUGAAAGAAAGGCAAAGUGUCCAUGGUUUCCAGUUUCUUAUGUUUCUAUCCUAUUCAUGGUAAAAAAAAAAACUUUUGUGCUUUUGAAACUAAUUGUAUACU